GCGAAACGGCCACGUAAACGUCAAGAAUCACAGCAGUCCCUGCUAGCUGAAUGUUAACACUGCACAGUUUUAUAUCUACAUAUCAGAAGUGGCUACAUGAUGCUUCACCUGUUUUCUAGGGCUUCAGGGAGAUUGUUAGAGCUGUAAGAUGUCAAUGGUAUUGUUUGCCUCCGUGGUGCGGGUCGGGGACGGCCUGCCGCUUUCUGCAUCGACUGACUAUGAGCAGGACAAAGAGCUGCAGGAAACCAAGAAGCACCUCAAAGGUCUCUCAAAGAAACUCAGCCAGUUUCCCGACCGCUGCACACUGAAGACUGGAACGUAUAAUGUCAAUUUUACGAGCGCUCUGGGUGUUGGAUACUUGAUGGUGUGCACUGCAAACUACCCCAAUGUGCUGGCUUUCUGCUUCCUGGACGAGCUACAGAAGGAGUUUAUCGUCACCUAUGACACCAAACGGAUCAACAGUGCCGUGCGGCCGUAUUCCUUUAUUGAAUUUGACACCUUCAUCCAGAAAACCAAACAGCGCUACAACAGCCCACGCUCCCUGUCCACCAAGAUCAACCUGGCUGACAUGCAGACAGAGAUCAAGCUGCGACCGCCCUACCAGCUCUCCCAUGAGGACCUGCAGGCUAUCAACGGCUUCUCAGUGCACACGUCCUCUAAAUACAAAGGCAUAGCUCCCACUCAGAUGUUGGAGCCGGUGACUCUUCCAGGCAUCGUGUCCUGUGUGCUCAGCAUCCUCUGUGGAGGCCUGAACCUGCUGCGAGGAGUCCACGCUAUAGAGAGCAUAUUACAGAAUGAUGAUGAAGACUUUAAUUAUGUGAUUGCCUUCUUCCUCGGCACAGCAGCCUGUCUGUAUCAGUGCUACCUGUUUGCCUACUUCUCUGUCUGGAGGAACAGUAAGUCCUUCCUGGCGUUUGCACUCAUCUGCCUGUCCAACAUGUACCUGUAUGAACUGAGAAACAUGUGGCAGAUCCUCUUCCAUGUGGCCGUGGGGGCCUUCAUGACUCUGCAAAUCAAACUGAGACAACCGCUAGGGAAAGCACCUGACUACAACGUCUGACAAAAACUUUAAACAGAAAGGACUAACAGACUUCAAGUCAGGUGUCUGGCACAUGCUGUUGAAAUGCAGCAGAGACAUUCCUGGAAAUCUGAGGACAAAGAGGAAAAAAUCAUCUCAGUUUUAAAAGAGAAACCAAAAACCUUGCAGCUUCACCGUAUCCCAGCACCAGCGGACAGUGACAGAGCUCAGUGGGGAGUGGAAAGACACCCGCUCCCAGCCCUCAUCAUUUAUGGAACUUAAUGGACUGGUCUCAGCAGUUGUGUACUCUUCAUCAUUUUUCGGAUAAAGAUAUUUACUUUAACUGUCUUACAUGUCAGCCACAAUAUAGGUCAGAGUCCUGCACAAGUCUGGUCUUUGCAACCCAUGUCCUCUCUAGACCUUAAAAGUAAAUGCAACUCGGAAAUGAUCUGUUAUUGCUCAUGUAAAACAACUUUCAACAAAAAAGGCAAAAAUUAAACACAGAUAUUGUGCUGAGUGUUUUAAGAUUAAAAACAAUCAGAAGUUUUUCAUAACAUUCAGCACAGUUUUUUUUGUUUUUCAGGGGAUUAUCUGUUAUAAACACAUUAUUAAUAUUUAAAAAGUAAUUCCAACACGCCUAAGACAUGUUCUGGAUCAUCCUAUCAUUUGAAAACUGUAGCUCAAUCUAAUCUACAACACCAACAUAUUUGUUUUUGUAAAUGUGAUAAAAUGUAUGCUUUCUGGAGGCAAAUCAAAUGCACAUAGAAAAUCUAAUAGACCAUUUACACAGUAAUGAUGCAUUUUCUGAGCAGAGCCAAACUGGAGGCAGAAAUUGAGCUAUUUAUCACUUCACACCUGAAUUUUUUGGACCACCUGGACAUCUUCUUCAAUUACUCUAAUUGUUUGGCAAGUUGUCUUACAAUGACAAGCUAACCCUAAGCUUUGGGCUGGGGUUUCCUGCCAUUACUCACAGCCAACUCAGUCAAGGAUCCAGCUUAGUUAGCUAGCCAGAGUUACAGUGGAUGGACUGUAACACCCACAGUCACAAUAAGCUCCAAAUGUUAUUCAGAUCUGUAGCUUUUAAUUCAACAAUUCCCAAAAUUAAAAAAAAAAAUCAAAAACAAGAAUUGCAGGAGGUUCCUACUACAGAGUGAUACAUUUGUAAGUAGAGUUGUUGCAUUUGCAGGGAAUCUUUAGCUUUCAAAAUUGUAACAAAUGGACUUGAGUCAAAUUAUUAGCAAAUUUCACUGCUUGGGAAGGAUCUGGUUAAAAUGAGUCAAAGCAGCGCUCGGAAUUAUUUCUUAACAAUUUUGAAACAGACUGUGCAGAUAAAGCAAAGGGAACUGCCAGAUAAAGAAGUCAACUGCCAUUAUGAUUGUGCGGAUUGUUUUAAAAUCUAGAGAUCUGUAUUAAAUUUGUGGUUUAUUACAAAUUUCUGAUUGCACCCAAACAGAUUUGUAGUUCAGUUCUGAGGUCUUAUUCCUUGUAGUUUGUCCCCAACUUGGAUAAGCUUGAUUUAAAGGUCCAGGACUGGUCAUUUAUUAUCCCUUACGAAAAGGAGUGUAAACCCCCCACUCUAAAAAUGGAUAGAGGACCCUAAAAAGUCUGAAAUACAGGGUUUUGAUCCUAGUUUUCCUGUUGUCUAUUUACACCAUCUAAUCCCACUAAGGUAACCUUUUUCACCUGUUAGAAUUACAUUUUUACAUGGGCUCAUAUGUACCUGACAUGCUGCAGGACUCUGGUUUAGAUCUUGGCUUUAAACUAUGCAAUGCUGCUUUUUGUUUGUGUGCAUGGCUGUCAUUUAAGUUUUCAAUUCAUUCUGUAUUCAGGAGUCAUUGAUCAAACUUUAUUUGGCAGAUUCUUGUUAUAUUUUAGACACUUAAUUUACCAUUUAUUUAUUGAGUGAUUGCUCAGUGACAUGAGGUCAGUGAAGAUUAUGCAAAUUUUAUUAGUUCAAUUUAUCAUUUUGUGAUUGCUUCCCUUUUUUAAAGCAGAGGGGCGUCUGGCUGUCACAUAGCAACUUCAGCAGACAGAAACAGCCUGUUAGCAUUCAUACCCGACUUCCUCGCCCACACAGCCUCAAGCAUAUGCCAGUGUCAAGUGACUUUGUUAAUAAACAGGUCUGUGUUGGCAGUGGUAAAGAUGUGUAGCUGUGUUGCAGAGGCCAGAGGCAGCACGUGUCAUCUGAGCCGCCUCUGGCGGGUUAUUUUUUCCCUCCCAUCAAGCUCCCGUGAUUGCAUCCUCCACUUAGGAUGACAAAAACUCACCGUCUCCCUUUGAAUUGGACAUUGGCACAUUGCUCACAUCCAACAUAAUUACAGACAGGAGAUGCCGCAUUCGCCGGUAUUAGGCAGUGGGAGAUUUGUUCAGGGAAUUAUGGGAAGAUUUCCCGAUUUCCUGCGCAAAUAAUAGCAAACAAAUGGAGGAGAAUUGAGUCACUCUUUUAUUGUUCAUUGUUCAGGAGAAACUCAAUAGUUGUGCCAAGAUCUUCUGAAUGUCUUUUUUUUCCUCUCUGUUACUGGAAGAAACAGAAAAUAAAAGGGAGUUCAGCCACACAAAUCCACUUAAUGUCCAUCUGGCAUCUACACUACAGAUCCGUCAGGGGAUCAGUGCAGUACUUCAGGCUCGUAUGAAUCAUCGUUGUACUCUUGAACAGAGGAACCACACCUACAUGACCUCAUUGCUUUCUCUAAAACAUGGCUCGAACUUGAUUAGAUCUCAGUUAAACCUCACUGGCUCAGAUGGUUUCUUGUUCACUUUCUGCUUCUCCAAGAGCUGUAAAUGUGUCAUGUGGGCGGGUUGUGUAAGAGAGAGAGAAAUUCAAGUUGUUUUUUUUUAUACCGCUUUACUUAAGGAAUGGGGAUGAAUGUGAUCAUUUCUAGGUCUCAGAACUUAGGCUUUUACUGCUGAAAACCUAUUGUGUAGAGUGUUACUCACCUUUAAAUUGUUUUAUUGAAGAUUUAAUUCAAUAUCAAGAUUUUUUAAAGUCCAUCAGCCAUGACUGGAGCACUCAAAUGAGUCAUGAAUUAUUAUUAUUUUUUUGGUUGCAGAUUUAAUUUUGUGAAUGCUAUGGUUGGUAUGUAAAGGAAAUGUUUUACCACCUGUGACUACAAGCUUUCAAAGUCUAAUAAUAAAUUAAGGAAAUGAAAAUCUGAGAAUGCAUGUAUGAGAAAAGAAAAAAUAUUAUAUUUUGCAUCUUUGAUACCGUAAGACUUUGUUUUUGUUCAUUUUUAUCACAUCAUUUUUAAUCAGUUUAUUAGCGCAUUGAUAAAUAGUCAUAUCUGCCUAAGUUUAACAUAUCUGCUCUUUUAUAAGGGCUCACUGUCUCUGGGCUGAGCUGAGUAAUAUUGACUAAUAAAAUAAUCUAAGACUUCAUCACAAUGAUCUCCA